AUGUCCGCCGUCGGAGCUGUAGCUCCAUACUUGCAUCACCCUGGUGUCAGUCACAGCGGCCAGGUGAGUUUCCUGGGGGCCCAACUUCCCCCAGAGGUGGCAGCCAUGCCCCGGCUCCUGGGGGACUUGGACAGGGGCACAUUCAGAAAGCUGUUGAAGCUGGUGGUCAGUGGCCUGCAGGGAGAGGACUGCCGUGAAGCUGUGCAGCGCCUUGGGAUUACUGCGCACCUUUCGGAGGAGCGGCUGGGUGCCCUGCUUGCUGGCACCCACACGCUGCUCCAGAAGGCCCUCCGGCUGCCCCCAGCCAGCCUGAAGCCUGACACCUUCAAGGACCAGCUCCAGGAACUCUGCAUCCCCCAAGACCUGGUCAUGGACUUGGCCAGUGUGGUGUUUGGGAGCCAGCGGCCUCUCCUUGACGCUGUGGUCAGGCAGCAGGGGGCUUGUCUACCCCAUGUUGCCAACUUUCGGUGGAGGGUGGACGUGGCAAUCUCUACCAGUGCCCUGGCCCGCUCCCUGCAGCCAAGUGUCCUGAUGCAGCUGACACUUUCAGAUGGGUCAGCACACCACUUUGAGGUCCCCACAGUCAAAUUCCAGGAGCUUCGGUACAGCGUGGCCUUGGUGCUGAAGGAAAUGGCUGACCUGGAGAAGAAGUGUGAGCACAAACUGCAGGACUGA